AUGGAUUUUGAAAUAUGUUCGGACGAUGAUAAUUUUCAAAAGGAAAAAAAGGAGCAUUUAGAUAUUUCUUACUUUGAGAAAUUCAUCGUGGAUGCUGAUAAUAAAGAAAAUUUUGAUAAAAGCUAUGAUACUUAUUUUAAGACUGUUAAUAAGGAUUUCAUAUAUACGUGUCAUCAUAUUUUUAAUGCUCAUAACGAGGAUAAUGUGAAGAAAAUUUUAUCAUAUUAUGAACCAAAUGUGGAUAUAGAAGAGUUCAAUAAGAAAAUAGCACGUGCUUACAAUUUUAAAUAUGUGUUGCUUGAGAAUAAUAGGAUGCGUCAAGAGGAUAAAUAUUUGGAGAGUUUGUUAAAGAUAGAAAAUGAUCUGAGAAAUCAUAAAUUGAAACUUAGUUAUGACAAGGAUGCAGAAAAAGUUAUGAACAAAAGGAACUAUAGAGAAUAUGAAAAUUGUGAAAAAUGUGAUUUGGAAAAAGAAUAUUUAAAGAAAAGGAAAAGAAUUGAUUUUAUAAUAAAAUAUUUUAUAAAUGCAGCAAAAGAAAUAAACAACAUAGAUCUAAAGUGUGGGAAUUCAUUUUUUAGUUAUGAUCAUUUAUGUUUUUUACAAAGAAAAUUUUUGCUUGAAAAAAUAGAAGAUAUGAAUGAACUUACACAAAACAAUGCUCUUAUGAAUAAAUUUAUUGAUAAAACUGAAAGAGAAAAUAUAUUUAAAGAACCUAUGGAAAAUAAUGAAAAGAAUGAGAAAUAUUUACAAGAAAAUUAUCCAGACAAAUUAUAUACAUACAAGUUGGAUGAAGAUUGUUUAUUUUUAAAACCUCAUAAUAUCGAUUCCUUUUUUCUCUUAGAUUUAAAAAAUAUUUAUGUUGGAAAACAAAUCAGGGGGAAGAAAAAAUAUGGUUAUUUAUGUCUAAUCAAAUAUUUAAGUAAUUUUGAUGAAUAUUUUUAUAGAAAGGAAAAAAAGGAGAAGGAAAGAAAUGAAUUCCCUUAUGAUCAAAGAAAGAAAAUAUUUGAAAAGUUGGAAGAUGUAGAUUAUAAUUCUGUAAUAGAGAAAAUGGGUGAAAAAUAUUUUCUUCCAUUACCAAAGGAGGAUGUAGAAAAAAAUAUUAAGGAGUUACGCAUUUUAAAGUUUUUAUUGUUGAAACUAUUUAGAAAAAGGUGUAAAUCAAAACAUUGUGAUAGGAAAUUCUCAUUUCCAUUAAAAAUUGUUAUUACGGGAAAAAUAAAGAGAGAAACGCUACUUUUAGCUAGAUACCUGAAAAAAAAGUUCACAUUAAAAAUAUACGAUUUUAAUAAGAUAAAAAAGGAAGUUGAACAUAUAUGUAGUAAUAAUAAUAGAUAUAUAUCAAACGACGAGAAUGUAACAAACAAAAUAAACAUAAUAAAAAAGCUAAAAGAGAUAUUAAAAAAACUUGAUGAAAAGAAAGAGAAUACUUUUCAAGUAGAUUUAUUAUAUUAUCGUAUAAAAUAUGAUGAAGAUAUAUUUUAUAGAGAUAAAGAAAAAAGAAAUAAGAAAAUUAUGAAAAAUGGAAAGAUGAAAAAAUAUUAUGGUUACAUUAUUAUAAACUUUUUUUUUUCAUUAAAAGAUUAUAUAAUGUAUGAAUAUAAAGCAAAGAAAUUUUUUCUUUACAACAAAUACAUACAUAUAGGGCAUGUGAAAAAAGAAAAGAAAAUUCAAUCGAUUAAUUUUUCACCAUUUGAAGAAGAUACUAUGCAAAGUACAGAUAUUAAAAAAAUGAAUACACAACAGAAUAACAAAAAAAUCGAAGAAGAAGAAGAAGAAGGAAAGAAAAAAAAAAACUUGAAAAAAAAAAAACAUGUUACAAUGACAAAUGAGAACAAUUCAAUAGACAAGAAUGAUGAGAAUAUUAUAAAAAAAGAUACAAAUAUAUUAAAAGAUAAUAGUAAUGAUAAUAAUAUUAUAUCUUAUCAUGAAGAUAUUAAUAAUUAUAAUAAACAUAUUGAAAAUAAUAUUUUAUUUUUUUCAAAUUUUAUAUGUCCAGUAGAUGAUUUAUUUUAUAUGAAAAAAAAUUAUGGAGGUGCUAUAGAUUUCCAUUUUCACAUUGAGAAAAGUUUGAAACAAAUAAAUUCAAUUUUAUAUAAAUGUAUUAAUAAUAACUGUUCAUGUCAUAUGAAAGAAAAAAAAAAAAGAAUAACAAAACAAAUUCAUAAAUAUACAAAUGAUAAUAAAAUAUAUAAAGAAAAGGAAUAUACAACAGAAAUUAACAAUGAAGAAAAAGAAAAUAUAGAAAACGAAAUAUUGUUAUAUCAGAAAAAAUAUAUAUUUAGAAAAAAAAAUGAUAAUUUCAAAAAUUAUUUCAAGAAGAAAAUUCAUAUUCAAUGUAACAUUAAAAAUACAAAGUAUUUAUAUCAUACAUACAAUAUAAAGGAUAUAAUAGGAGAUAAGGAGAUACAAAUUAAAUAUUACAAACUUUAUAAUAAUGAAUCCAAAUUAGAUUACAUUCAACAAAAGAAUAUAAAGAAGGACAAAAAAAUAUAUCAUUCCAAUUUUUAUAUUGUAAAUAAAAUAUUCCAGUUUGAUAAAAAUUUUAUAGAGAUCGAACAUUUUUUAAAAAAUUAUAAUAAAAAACUUGGACGCUUAUAUGAAAGAUAUUAUGUUAUUAAAAAACAAAAUAUAAAAGAUAUAUAUAUAUAUACAAGUAAAUUAUUAUCAAAAGUUUUUUUUUUAAUUAAAAAGAAAAAAGCAAAAAAAAAUUUGAAUCAUAAGAAAUAUAUGAAUUAUUAUAAUAAAAAAUGUUAUAAUAAUGAUAGUAGUAGCAAUACGUAUUAUGAUAAUCUUAUAAAUAAUGAAGAUAAUAAGAAUGAGAAUAUUUAUGAUGAAAAAUAUUUUAUGAGAAGAAUAAAUAUAGAUAAUACCAUGUCUUUUUAUUUUAAACUUAGAUAUUGUAAUAUAAUAAAAAGAUAUAUUAUUCAUUUAUUUAAUUUAUUUAUAUGGAAAAUAAAAAUGGAAAAAAAUAUAAAGAAAGGUAUAAAGUAUAUAUAUAAAAAUAUUACAAGAUUUAUAGACUUUAUAAAUUCUAUAAAAUAUAUAAAUGAGUUUAUUCAAAUGUAUAAUAAAUAUUGUGAAUUAGAAAUUAAAAAUGAUGAGGUUCAAUUAUUAUUAUUUGAAAAAUUGAAUCAAAUACAGCAAAUUAUAUGGUCAGAUAUUAUAGAACAAAGAAAUUAUAAUAUUUAUCAUAAUAAAGAUAUUUUAUAUAUAUAUAAAUGGAUAUAUAUACAAAUAUAUUUAAUAUUAUAUCAUGAAUUUUAUUUAAUUAAUAUAGAACAUCAAUUAUAUAUUGAUAUAGAUUCUUUUGUAAACGAAUUAUUAUAUUCUAUCAUACACAUUAAUAUAAUAACAAAUACAUUAAAAAAUGAUAAAAAAAAUAAAACAAAUAUAUCUUCUAUAUUUACAUAUAUGCCAAAAAAUACAAAAGAAUUAUUUACAUAUGAUCAUGAUCAAAAUUAUUUUGAUUUUCCAUUCAUCAAUACAAUAUUGAUAAAUAUGAAUAAGUUAUUUAUACCAAUUAUAUCAAAUAAUAUUAUACACCACAAUAAUAAUAAUAAUAGUAAUAAUAGUAAUAAUAAUAGUAAUAAUAGUAAUAAUAAUAAUAAUAAUAAUAAUAAUAAUAGUAACAAUAGUAAUAAUAAUCAUAUGACACAUAAAAUUAAAAAUGAUGAUAGUGUGGAAAAUCUCAUAUUUUCAAAAAGAGAAAAAUAUAUUCAUAUGUGGGUAAAAGAAUUUCGUUCUAUAAAUAAUUAUAAAUUCUUUUAUAAAAUGAAAUAUCUACUUAAUAAUUUAUUAAUAAUAUUAAGAACAUAUUUUUUCAUCUUUCAAGAAUUAAAUAUUUAUAUUUAUAAUUUUAUAACAUUACAUUAUUUUUGUGUAUAUAAAAAAAUAAAUUAUAUUUUUGAAAGGUUAAAAAAAUAUGUUCGAGCCCAUCGACGUAUUCCUUUUUAUUAUACUACAGCUCUUACUACAAAAAGAGAAAAGAAAAAAAAGAAGAAACUACAAGUUAAAAUAUUAAAUAUGCAAGAAAUAAACAAUGAGGAGAAACAAUUAUAUAUGAAACAAAAUAUAUAUAAUAUGAAUAUCUUAAUAGAUAAUAGAAUUAAUAAAAAAAGACAUAUAUUUAAUAUAAGAAAAUUUUUGAACCAUAUUUUAAGUUAUAUAUAUAUUUCACAAUAUUUUCUAGUCAUAUCAAAAGAAGAUUUACAAAAUGUUAUGAUAAGUAGUUUAUAUUUUAUAAAAGACAGAAAGAAAAAAAUGAAUUCUUUUAUAUUUCUUAGAGAUAUUUUAAAUUCAUAUGUAAAAAUAUAUUCUGUAAAUAAAAAUUUGUUCAUAUUACCAAACGAUUUAAUGUAUCAUGCAUAUAAUUACGAUCAUAAAAUGAAAAAUAAUAAAGAACAAGAGGAACACAUAUUCAUUUUGCAUUUUUUCUUUUUCUUGAUUUUUUAUUUUUAUUCAAAACCUAAAAAAAAUCAUCUCAAAAAGAUUUUUUUUAGAUACUUACAUGUUAUGCAAACAAAAAUGAAUGCUCAAGGAAUAGACGAACAGAAAAAAAUCGAAACAAUCAAAACACAAUUUUGUUUUUUACAAUUUGACGAAGAUACUUAUGAAUGUAAAGAAAAAAUAUUAUGUGAUUAUUUUUAUGUCGCAUUAAAUCAUUUAAAAGAUUCAGAAAGAAAAACUUCAGAACAGAUUGAAUUGUUGAAGGGGGGAUGUACUUCAAAGUCUGAGAAAUUAACAAAUGUGGAAAAUAUGGAAAAUAUAAAAAAUAUUAAAAAUAUAGAAAAUAUUAAAAAUAUAACACAUUUAACAUAUAACGAGUUUGCUUCAUUGGGACUAUUUAAUUUUAUAAAAGAUAAACACAUAGGAUAUUAUAUAAAAGAAGAAAAUGAAAACUAUGAAAUUCGUUUAUUAAAUAAAUUUUUAUUUAAAACUUUUUUGAUGUUUGAAUUAUUCCCUCAUUUUAAUAAAAAUAUUUGUAUAUACAUGAAGAAUUAUUUAUUUAAAUUUAUUGUUGAUUACCUUCCAUCAUUAAAAAUAUGGGUAGAGGAGAAAAUACAAAAAAUGGAAAAAAAAGUUAAUACUUUAAAGGUAAAUUCCGAAGAAAUAUUUGUAAAAGAUGAUAAAAAUGUGGAUGGAUUAAAAAAUGAAAGAGUAGAAAUAUCUCAAACGUAUAAAAUAAGAGUAAUAGAUAUAUUUCUAUUUUUUCUUAUGGAUUAUAAUUAUAAUUUUUAA